UCAAGAAAAGAUCCACUUUGAUUUAAAAAAAAAAAAACUAUCCAGCCAUUUAUAAAUAAUGGUGGGGAAGUUGUAGUUAGAAUCCACAAAGGAAAAUAGCUUUGCUCUAAUUUUAGUUCCUUUAACAUCGUCUGAACUGAUCCAUCCAACCAUUCCAAGGAAGAGCUGAAGUUGAAAUAUCAUGCUUUUUGACUAGAUCGGCUGAUGGCCAAAUGCUCUAAUUAUAGUAAAAAAUAAAACAAACAAUAAAAACUGCUGAUAAACUCAAAUGGCAGCCAUUUUUUUCUUUUUCCUUUCGUUUUACAAUACAGUUGUUGAAGGAACGGGCCAGGUCAAAUUGCCUAAAACAAGGCAAUGGCGGAAAUAGAUUCUUAAAAGUUCAUUUCAUGACCAAAUAUCGCAUUGCAUUGCGUCUAAACACCGGCAGAAAUAAACCCCUCGACUAGGCUUUUUCUCCCUUCCCAUCUUUCUUUCUUUCGUCUUACAAAUAAAAUAUUAUAAAAAAAAAAUUGUAUAUCGGGAGGUGGAGGGGCGCGUUUGUGACGGUGGUCGUGCCGGUGACAAAAGUUCUGGAUUUGUUCCCUUGAGAUAUGGCUCCUCCUUUCUCAUCUGAUGAUAAUAUACCGACCAACACCACUGCGGUGGCCAUCGACAAAGAUAAAAACAGCCCACAUGCUGUACGUUGGGCUAUUGACCAUCUCGUGGUCUCCAAUCCCUACAUCAUCUUGAUCCAUGUUAGGCAUAGAAACCUGGGCGAAAGCGAAUCUGAUUACGACAUAAACCAGCUUUUCAUUCCUUUUCGCGGCUACUGUGCACGCAAAGCGAUUCAAUUGAAGGAGGUUGUCCUGGAUGAUGCUGAUAUCUGUAAAGCACUUAUGGACUAUGUGAACAAAAACUUGAUUAACAACCUAGUUAUUGGCGGAGCAACAAGGAAUGGUUUAUCAAGUUAUUUGACGUAUAGGAAAUGCAAGAAUGACAUUUCGGCAAGCUUGAUCAAAAGUGCACCGGAUUUUUGUUCUGUGUAUGUGAUUUCCAAAGGUAAGAUACUGACAAUGCGUACGGCACAGCGACCUAUAUCGAACACUGCUACCCCACCAAAGGCACCAAGCGGAAUGCCACCGCCAAUUCCGUCGGAUCAAUUUGAAGACGAUGGAAGCAGAGCAUAUUAUGCGCGGGGAGGGUCGAGAAAUGCAGGAGCGGAUAGAAUGUCAGUGGAUAAUACCCCGAAAGCCCCUAUGCGUGACCGUGACAGGCAAAGAAGCUCGCCAGGAAAUCUGUCAUUUGACAUUGAUUCAGCUAUGCGAGCGGCACAGCCUUCAUCUAGCCAAGAUUCUUUGUCUAGUGACUCGAGUUUUCCAAACAAACGCUCCCAUGGAUCUAUCGAUUUUUCAGACCAAAAUUUAGAUUUUUCUGUGAUUUCCGGUCCCUCUACGGGGCAACUCCCGCAAAGCUCUCGAGACAUAGAAGCUGAAAUGAGAAGGUUGAAGCUUGAACUUAAGCAAACCAUGGAUAUGUACAGCACAGCUUGCAAAGAAGCUCUUACAGCCAAGCAAAAGGCUAAUGAGCUUCAUCAGUGGAAGAUGGAGGAGGCUCGUAAGUUUGAGGAAGCAAGGCUAGCUGGAGAGGCAGCUCUUGCCAUGGCAGAGAAGGAGAAGGCUAAGUGCAAAGCUGCCAUUGAAGCAGCUGAGGCAGCUAAGAGGCUAGCAGAGAUGGAAGCACAUAGAAGAAGACAAGCAGAGCUUAAAGCCAAGAAGGAGGCUGACGAGAAGAAUCGAGCUUUGAAUGCUUUGGCUCAUAAUGAUGUUCGGUAUAGAAAAUAUACCAUUGAAGAAAUAGAAGAAGCUACUGAAAACUUCGAAGCACAUAAUAAGAUCGGAGAAGGAGGCUAUGGACCUGUUUAUAAAGGCAAACUUGAUCACACUCCGGUUGCCAUCAAAGUUUUAAGACCUGAUGCUGCUCAAGGAAAGAAACAGUUCCAGCAAGAGGUUGAGGUUCUUAGCUGCAUGAGACAUCCAAACAUGGUCCUUCUCCUUGGUGCCUGCCCUGAGUAUGGAUGCCUGGUAUAUGAAUACAUGUUCAAUGGCAGUUUAGAGGAUAGGCUGUUCCGAAGGGGCAAUACUCCUCCACUUUCAUGGAGGAGACGAUUUACAAUAGCUGCUGAAAUCGCAACUGCCCUUUUAUUCCUUCACCAAGCAAAGCCAGAACCACUAGUGCAUCGGGACCUUAAGCCGGCUAACAUUCUCUUAGACCGAAAUUAUGUGAGCAAAAUAAGCGAUGUCGGCCUAGCACGGCUAGUUCCACCUUCUGUAGCUGACAGUGUGACACAAUAUCACAUGACUUCAGCUGCAGGGACAUUCUGUUACAUAGAUCCGGAAUAUCAACAAACAGGCAUGCUAACAACUAAAUCAGACAUAUAUUCCCUUGGAAUAAUGCUGCUUCAGAUUAUUACAGCCAAGCCUCCAAUGGGUAUUGCUCACCAUGUUGGAAGGGCCAUUGAGAAAGGAACUUUCGCCGAUAUGCUUGAUCCAGCGGUACCAAAUUGGCCAGUUGAAGAGGCUUUAUCAUUUGCUCAAUUAGCACUCAAGUGUGUGGAGCUGAGAAAGAGGGACAGACCAGAUCUUGGCACUAUCAUAGUGCCGGAACUUAACCGAUUAAGAGACUUGGGAAGUAGCUCUGACUCGCAUAGCCAUGGAUGCCAGGGUAACAGCGGUGGUUAUAGCAGUGAUGGUAACACCGGUGCUAAUGGUCGCAGUUCGAGGUCGAUGCUGUCAGCAGAUAGUCAGGAAUCAUUGACUAAGACUGCAAAUUCUGACCCUUAAGAAACGGCAAACUGUAAUGAAGAUGGCACUAACUGAAGUUCCAACAUAGAUUGAAGGACUGAGAGAAAGAAACUGCUUGCAUCUAAAGAGAAACAAGAUGAAGAGGGAUGGAUGGAUGCUGGAUUAUACAAUAUAACAUAGGAAUGUGUAUAUUUACAGGAUCAUUUUAGUACUUACAAAAAGCUGCUUUCGGAAAUUAAGCCUUAUUAAAAUUACUUCAUGUCUGUGCUUGCAGAACAAUUAGCAGCUUUUUUUUUUUUUUU